AUGGACGUGCGCAUUUCACACCAGUUCGUUCCCCCGCAGUUCAAAAUGUAUGACGACACCACUGAUCCUGAGGCGCACAUCAAGUCAUUCACUAACGCUAUGGCAUUCCGUACGGGAUGCGAUGCCGUCUGGUGUCGGGCGUUCUCAUUGUCCCUUGAAGGCGAAGCCUUGGAGUGGUUCAAUUCUCUCCCCAACGGCUCGGUGGAGAACUUUAAAAGCUUGAGUGGCAUGUUUAAUGAGCAGUUUGCUGUAUGCCGAGCGCAGGACGUCACCCUGGUCGACUUGAUGAAUCUGAAGCAGGGAAAGGAGGAACCACUCAAAACCUUUAUGGAUCGGUUUACGAAGACAGUUCGAUGGGUCAGAGGUUUGAGCCUGGAAAUGACCCUACAGUAUGUGAUGCUGGCCCUCAGGCCAGGACCAUUCAAGGAAAGCGUCUGUCGUACCCCACCUAAGACCCUGGAGGAUCUACGCCAGCGGACGGCGGACGAGGCCCGGGUGGAGGAGAUGAAGCAAAAUUACCGGAGAGAGGUUCAGGAGGCGAAGGACAAGGGCGAGGGGAAGCAACAGGGACAAUCACACCUUCUGGGUAAUGCGAAGGGGCGAGAAGGACCCAGAGGCCCCCGCUUUCCCCAGUAUACCCCCCUGAAUGCUCCUCGAGCUCGGAUAUUGCAGGAGACACGCAAGCACCCCUGUCCUCGGGAAAGGAGUCCAAGGAACUUGCCGCAGGAUAGAAGGACCGCUAACGAACGUACCACCCGCCGGAAUGAUCGCCCGCAUUAUCAACAAGGGCAGGCCGGAAGAACCGGAAGUCCCGAAAGGAGAAAUAGGGAUAGAAGCAGAAGUCGGAGUAGGAGCCGGGCCGGUGGGAGUGAGAGGCCACUGAAAGGAGUGAUCAACACUAUCUCUGGAGGAUUCGCGGGCGGUGGGGCCUCAUCGUCAGCACGAAAAAGAAGUAUUCGCCAUCUGCGGUCUAUACAUGUCGUAGAAGUCCCCAGGAGGACGAUGCCCCCCGUCACCUUCUCUAACGAGGAUUUUCACGCACCUGACCCGGAACAAGACGAUCCGAUGGUCAUCACGGUCGAGAUUGCUAGGUACGGGGUGAGCAAGGUGUUAGUGGAUCAAGGAAGCUCGGUUAAUAUACUAUACUGGAAGACAUUUAGGCAAAUGGAUAUCUCGGAUGACCUCAUUGUACCUUACGAUGAACAAUUGGUGGGCUUUGUUGGGGAGCGGGUCGACACCAAGGGAUAUCUAGACUUGUGGAUGCGUCUGGGGGCCGGCCGAGAAGGCGAGGAGAAGAGAAUAAGAUACAUACUAGUAGACGCCAACAUGUACUAUAAUGUCUUGUUAGGACGCCCGUGCCUGAACUCUUUUGGCGCCAUUGUUUCCACCCCCCACUUGGCGAUGAAGUAUCCUACCAGUCGGGGUUCAAUUUGUACCAUCUGUGUUGAUCAAAAGGUGGCGCGGGAGUGCUACGCCGUAGGCCUUAAGAUGUAUCCUCGGGAAAUGAGGAGAAGGACGAGUGGUACGGACGUCGCGAUGGUCGACCUAGAUCCCCGGACCAACACGGAAGAUCGCCUUGAGCCGCUGGGGGAGACCCAACCUGUGAUAGUAGGGAAAGAUCCCACUUAG